GAGUUACCAUCACAGAUAGUUGAUAAAUAAAAUGGCUCCCUCUGCUGGUGAGAAAAUGAAACAUCAGCUGUUGAUCAUUUACUGACAAGGAAGAGAAAUAAAACCGAAAGUUGACUUUGUUUUUGUUGAAUGGAGGUGAAACGUCGUUAUGGAAUAUCUCAGCUGGAAAAUGAACUAGAAAGACUGUAAACUGCAAUUCUACAACACCAGUGUUUGGUGAUUCUGACUGUUGAUGGAGAAUUCAUUCAAACACCAGCAUCUAAAGGAGACACCAUUAACUGCAGUUUUAUUUAAAUCAAGUCCACUCACAAGACAAGGAAACACAAAUUAAAGUUUAUGUUGCUGAUCAGAGCGGAGACGUUUUUACUUCUGUACCGAAGAACAGGAACUAGGAGGACUGGAAGUCAAAGGGACUGUGUUUUGGUGAGUCUUGUUAUAGAAAAGAAAUCUGGAAAUCAGUGGAAAUGGCUGAGAAAACUGCUCUUUUAGAAAGUUACCUGAGUUGCCACGUGUGUUCAGAGACUUUCAGAGAUCCUGUUUCUCUGAGCUGCAACCACAGUUUCUGUUCAAGCUGCCUGCAGAAAUUCUGGGAACAAACUAAAAACAAAAACUGUCCCAUUUGUAAAAGAAAAUCCUCUAAAGAUCAUCCACCAGUGAACUUUACACUGAAGGAACUGGCUGAUUCCUUUGCUGGGAGACAGAAAACUGGAUCAUCUGAAGCAGAAAAAGUGGAGAAGAAAGUGGAGGUGGUGUGUAGUAAACAUCCAGAAGAACCUAGAUUGUUCUGUAAAGAUGAAGGUAGAGCUGUUUGUCCUGUCUGUGAGUUUUCUCUCCACCAGAAUCACAAAGUGGUUCCUAUAGAAGAAGCAGUCAGUGACCUGAAGGAGCAGCUGAAAUGUGACUUAAAGUCUCUGCAGGACAAGAGGAACAAAUACAAACAAGUGGAGGAAACAUACAGUGAAAUGAGAGAACACAACAAGAAGCAGCUGUUGUCCACAGAGAGGCAGAUCAGAGCAGAGUUCAGCAAGAUCCAGCAGUUCCUGAAGGAGGAAGAGGAGUCCAGACUGGCAGCUCUGAGGGAGGAAGAGGAGCAGAAGAGGAAGACUAUCAGCAGAGAGAUGAAGAGGAUCCAGGAGCAGAUCUCCUCUCUGUCAGACAGCAUCUGUGCUGUUGAAGAAGAGCUGCAGAAACACAAGGUGGCGUUCCUCAGAGGUUAUAAAGACGCUCAGACCAGAGCCAGAGCCCAGAGAUCACUGUCAGAUCCACAGCUGCUCUCAGGAGCUCUGACAGAUGUGGCCAAACAUCUGGGAAACCUGUCCUUCAGAGUCUGGGAGAAGAUGAAGGAGAAGGUCCACUUCAGUCCUGUCAUUCUGGAUCCAAACACUGCAGCCUUCUGGCUCUAUGUGUCUGAUGAUCUGACCAGUGUGAGAUGUGGAGACACAAAGCAGCAACUUCCUGAUAAUCCAGAGAGAAACACUAAAUAUCCAGCAGUUCUGGGCUCUGAGGGCUUCAGUUCAGGGAAACACAGCUGGGAGGUGGAGGUGGGAGAUCAUCCUGACUGGAGUGUGGGUUUGGCUAACGAGUCAGUUGACAGGAAGGGAGAAUGUGACCCUUUACCAGAAUAUGGAAUCUGGUGUUUAUGGCAUGGUGAUGGAAAAUACUUUAAUGCUGUUGGUCAGACUGUCAAAGUGAAGAAGAGUCUCCAGAGGAUCAGAGUCCAGCUGGACUAUAACAGGGGGGAGAUUUCCUUCUACAACCCUGAAGACACGACUCAGAUCUGCACUCAUAGAGACACUUUCACUGAGAAACUCUUCCCAUAUUUCAGUGUUGGAGAGUCUGGUGAUGCUAAAACUACUGACAUCAAAAUCUGUCCCUCUGAGAUUUCUCUGUGAUGAUCAGGAAAGUUAGUUAAUCGUCCAAACUCUCAUCUUAAAACCAUAAAAAUAACUCCAGGUUUAUUUCACUCUGAACUCAUCGUCACACUUUACAGUCAAACCUUCAUUCUUGACCUUCAGAUUUUUCAUUCUGUCUUUAAAACACAUUUGAUGUCACUUCAUAGUUUUUAUCACUGAAAUCUGUUAAACAAUCAAAAUGAUUUUCAUCAACAAAACUGUUAAAACCUGUUAAAAAGUUCUGAAAUCACAUUUUAUAUACUUUGAAUUCAGUGUCUGUUUAAAUGAGAUGAGAAGAAGAAGUAAAAGAUCCACUAAACACUGAAACUGGAUCCCAUCAUCAGUUUAAAGGUGAAAAUGGUUAAAUCUGUACAAAGUGAAGCUGAUGAUUUAAAUGUAGAUUAUUAUCCUGGUUAGCAGCAUCUGCUUGUUUCUGCUUGUUUCACUUUUUCUUUUAUUGUCAUCAGUCGUGUUUUUUAUUUGUGAGAUUUCUUCAUUUAUUGUUUGGUUCUUUUAGUCUUGGAAAUGUUUUGUGAUGUUCACAUUUUCAACAUUUUUGGGAAAUCUUUGAACAUUUCUUGGUGGAAAAAACGAAAUGUUAAAAAAAAGUUUCUUUAAGAACAUUCACAUAAAAAUCAA